AUGGCGAGCCAAGCGGAACCAGUCCGAAUUGACUUGCCAAAGCUGCCAGUCAAACACGAAGACUUCAUUGGAUACCUCGAUCGAAACAGAGACAGAUCUGUUGCGGAGCUUCUGCAGCCCUUCCAGCAAUAUGACUUCGAGAUGCGAAAAGUGUUCGCUCAGCUGCCGAGCCACGAAGCCAUUGCCACUCCCAGCGUAGUGCCAGUCUUCGCUGGACAGGAGAAGACGCUUCGCGCUCGCGCACGAGAUCUGCAAGCAGAAGAUGAGAAGGCGCGAGAUUCAUACAUCAUGCCACUGAAGCAUGAAGAACGCAGACCCAACGGCAGUCCAGCAAUCGCACAGUCUUUCAAAGAUUUUCACACCAACUUCAAUGUCUUCUCCGAGUCCUCCUUGGUCGACUUGAACUGGGACAAUGUGGUCGCCGCCGGCUCCAGUGUUGUCACACCCCUGCUUGCAGUCCCGGAGGAACAUUGCGGAUCAAAGAGAGCACUGCGCCAGUACUACCAUGAGCAAAUUGCGGUAGCGUCCGACGUCGAUCUUUUCUUGUAUGACUUAACAGAAGAGCAAGCGAUUGAGAAGAUCAAAGAAAUCGAGAAGAGCAUUCGAGACGCGAUUCUCACAGAGACCACAACCGUGCGCACGAAAAAUGCAAUCACGAUUGUUAGCCAGUACCCGACACGUCACAUUCAGAUUGUCUUGCGCAUUUACAAGUCGAUUUCGGAGAUUUUGACCGGUUUCGACGUCGACUGCAGUUGUGCCGCUUUCGAUGGAAAGCAGGUUUACGCCAGCCCUCGUGCCAUAGCAGCAUACAUCACGCAGAUAAACACGAUCGACCUCAGCCGCCGAAGCCCUUCGUACGAGAAUCGUCUUUCCAAGUACGCGCGUCGUGGUUUCGAAGUGUACUGGCCGAACCUUGACCGCUCUCGUAUCGAUCCUACCAUCUUUGAGCGCUCUUUUGGUCGUACCGAAGGCCUGGCUCGGCUCUUGAUCUUGGAGAAACUACCGAAGACUGAGGAUAGAGAAGCGUACUUGGAUCAGCGUCGCGCAGAACGCGGAAGACCCGCUAUCAACCGCUAUCUCCAACGCCGCUAUCGCAUCCGAGACAACAUCAAGGACGACUAUGAAGAUGAAGUCGCCGAAUGGGUCGACUCCGACGAGGUCUCCGAUUACCACACUUUCACGAUCCCUUAUGGGCCGAAGUAUCACGCUCGCAAAAUCGAAAAGCUGUUGUUCACAAAAGACCUGUUGCUCAAUGCCGAGUGGAACCGCCCCAAAGAUCGAAAAGACAUCAAUCUACACAGGCACCCAGCGUUCUUUGGCCGCGCUGAGGAUGUGUUCGCAGACUGCUGUGGCUACUGUCCGUCUCCAGGCAAUGAAGAGGAGGAGGAACUCGCCGAAGAAGAGAGCAAGAUCUAUGUCUCCGGCGACAUCAAAGGUAAAUUCCUGGUCGACAAUCCAGGGAGACAAGCUAUUGGUUCCUUCAACCCCAUCUCUGCCGAGGGUUGGACAGACAUGGCCUAUGUGGGCAACACAGAGCAGCUGUGCAGAGCUAUAGUCGAUCACGACGCGGAGUUUGUAAGCAGCUGGCUUGAGCAAGAAGGCAACGACCCAAAUACGCGUGACUACACUGGUCGAACACCACUACAUCUCGCUGUUUCCAACUCCACUCUUGAAGUUGUCGAGCUCCUUAUCUCUCAUGGAUCUCGCAUUGUGGCACGACUCGUGGACGGGAAGACUGCGCUUCACCUUGCUGCCAUGCGCGGCAGCGUCGAAAUUGUCUCCGCCUUGUUACGCAAGAGUGCAGCGAACGAAGAAGAGGAAGAGAGCAAGCGUGACGCAAAGCGCAAAGCUCGUGCUGCUGCGCGAAAUGAUGGGCUUGAUGCUGCCAUGGAAGAUGCAACACUGGAGUCCAAGACCACUGAUCCGGAAAGCGACUCCGAUGUAGACAUGGUCGAAGACGCCGAGGAAGAGGACAACAUGGAUGCGACUACGGAGAAUUCGAUGAUCAAUAUUAAAUCGCCAGCCUCGGAAGAAAGCCAGGACGUUUUGACAUCUGCGGAAGAGAAAGAAGACGAGCCCGACGUCUACGAUGUCAACGUUGUGGCGUGGGAUACUGCAGUAUCUCCGUUACAUCUGGCAAUCAUCAAAGGCCAUGGCGAUGUUGUGCGUUGCCUGGUCACGGAAUUCGGCGCUGAUAUUCUGCUGCCAGUGAAGCUUCUCCAUGAUCACGACAGGUCAGCUCGUGGCGCAAUACUGACAUUGGUUCUCGCUCUGCAACUGCCUCUCGUAGAAGCUGAAAUGAUGACCAAAACCCUGAUCGAGUUGGGAGCCACCAUAUCGCAGGCGGAUAUGCAGCAGAACACCGUGGUGCAGUAUUGUAUUGCUGAGCAGCCGCAGAUGCUUCAGAUGCUGCUGGACACCGACAAGACGGGUGCCGCGAGAGCCAUCAAUCACUUAGCUGUGUCCGGCUCGCACUGGCAUCCUAGCAUGGCUAGUCCUCUUAUGAAAGCAAUUAUUGCGAAGGACAGUCUUGUUGCACUGUUGCUUUUGACAAAUGGCGCGCGACCAGAUGUUGACUUCAGUGCAUUCAUGAAGGCUUAUCAUUCGAACCGCGAGCCCAAUUCGGAUUCCAAACGAAACAGGGAAGAGUUCGAGAAAAGCAUUCAGCAGCCUGUAAUCAGCGCUGUACUACAUGAAGUGCCAAGCGUUGCGAAGAUACUGAUUGAGCAGCACGGCGUUGACAUCAAUAUCAUAGACACGCACGGCUGGAGAGCUGUGCACGAUGAGUACUCGAGACGAUACACCAAAGGAGAGUCGCUCUUAGACUGCGUUCGAUCGAAAAUCAAAGAACUUCGCGAAUGGAAGCCUGUCGAAGAGGACCAGCCGGAAGAGCCAAUCCAGCUCAAGAACGACGACUUUUACCUUUCCGAGCUCACAGAAGGCUCCUACCAGUGGUGGUGCGCCCAAAAGCAGAUCCGUGCCGCGAAGGACUCAUACGGAAAGGGACUGAAGGACUACACUAAAGCUAUCGAAGAGCAACGUACCAAAGUGAAGGACACGACUGCAAAGACGACUGCAAUCCAGGAAUUGAUCACGCUCUACGAAGAGCUUGAGGCCACACUGGUGAAACGCAAUGCAAAGACCUUCCGGGAACUCUACCCAGACAUCAAAGAUCCUGAAGACCGAGAUCAUCACUAUCGCCACCACCGCUACACUCCCGAGAAACCGCAGCCGUUCAAAUUGGAGUUCUCCUUCCAGCUCCCGGAUCUGACUGACGAGGCUCAAGCGCGUUAUCUGAAGCUCUUUGAGGCUGCAUGGUCUGGCGAUCUGAAAGCGGUCAAGGAGUUGACGCUCUCGCCAUGGAAGAAUGGAGAGGGAGAAGAUCAGCCGCCUCUGAAGGUAGCGACAAAGGAUCUAUUUGAUCUUUCCCCGUUCCAUAUUGCGGUCCUGCAGGGCAAUCUGGAGCUAGCAUCAGCGAUUAUGGAGAUCGCCGCAGCCCAAUAUCAGCCUGUCGAGAAGACCGAGAAUUGCCGCUACAACAUUGACGGCGGAGAUAGUGAGUACGACAGUGAAAAUGAUUCAGUGGGCUCAGACAUCGCACUGCACUCUGAGAUUGUGGAUGAGAACUUCACGGUGGAGAAUGUGGGCGAGGUGUCGAUGCAGGUCCAGAGCCGAGUCAAGCCACUGUCCAUGCUUCUCUGGCAAGCUCCAGUGGCCGACUUCCUUGGCGGACCGUUACGUUCCUCACCAGCUAAUAGCAGUGGGUUCAGCUACUUCGGACCUCGUCGACAGCACACGAUGGCUGGUAAGCGGACCAACACAGGGUCGUUGAAGGCCUCCAGCCAGCUUCUGUCCGCCGAAAAGCUCAAGACUGUUGGUGAACCCCAGAAUCUCAUCCAAUUCGCUCUGCACAAGGACGACCAAGACUUGCUCAUAGCGCUGCUGUCCCUUGGCCAACAGUACACCGAGAAGUAUGUUGAUGAAGAUGAUGAGAGUGCGAAACGCUUCUUUACCAUCGAGGAAGAUGACUUCUUGGAGGCCAUCAAGCUUGAUCGGCCACAUUUGGUCGCAGAGAUCAUCAAGCGCACUGGUGCCGGUAUUCCACUUGACGCUCUCGUCCGCAAAUCAGGAGUCGAAGUAGUUGAAAAGCCGAAAUACUAUCAAGGCCUUUCCGUGUAUGGCAAGAAGCGCAAGGAUUGGGCUGAUCGCGGCCGAGAGCAAACUCAUCAGCCCUUCGAAGCUCAUCGUCCUCCCCUCUUGGAAGCCUGCCGUGCGAACUCGAUUGACAUGGUCGAAUGGUUCUUGUCAGACGCACCCAUUCGCGCCUACAAGGAGUUUGCAAAGACGAACAAGGAUGACAAGAGAAUCAAGCUGCUGGCCGAAGCCAAGAGGGGCUUUGAGACUACAGUGGCGAAGUUUCUCAACACUCAAGCCAAUCUUGCCAUCCACUGCUGCCUCUUGACCAAGCCGUUACCGGAGACUGAGGCGAUGCUGAAGUUUCUGAUCAAAGCCCUACCAGAGUCUUUGAAUUUCAAAUCGCAGGACGGUUUCACGCCGCUGAUGCUUUGCUUCCGAUUCCAGAGGGAGAAGGAGGCCAAAAUGCUCAUUGAUGCGGCGGCUGAUCAGACCAUACGGACAGCAGCCAGCGAAAAUCUCGUACAUGGUCUCUUGUACCGGACUAUUUCGGGCGACAAAGGCCUCUCUCGGCUUGAGAGAAUGCUGCAACUUAUUGACAGGCGACUCUUGCCCACACUCUUCACGGAACGCAGCGCCCGACACCCUGGCUCUUUGACUCCGAUCGCUCAAUGGCUCCAGCAAGUCAGCGAAAGCUAUGGAAUUGAUAAAUACGCGGACCAAGUACUUCGAAAGUUGCUCACGUGGAGCGAAUGCCAGGAGCUUAACUUCGUUAAUGGCGAGGGCAACACCCCGAUUCAUGUUGUUGUACGACAAAACAACGAGACCUUGACGGAGACUCUGCUCCAGCAUGAUCCAACCCUGGCACUACGUGAGAAUGCGACCGGCAGAACGCCGUACGAGAUGGCAGAAGACGGUGCCAUUGCAGCUCUGUGUGACAAUGCCCCUCCGCUGCCAGGUGAUUACAACUUCCCAGAGCGCCGUGUCCGCAAGCAUGGCUGGCCAAAGAACUUCAACAACGAAAUUACUAGUCGAGACCCCCAGGACUUCAUCAACGAACCAGACGCGGACCGCCGCACGUCCCAAGAGAAGGUCUGGGACCUGCUGAAGGCUGUGAAGGCUCAGCUCGAGACACAGGGGCUUGCCAAGCGACGACUGGUCACUCUCAAUGAGGCGAAUGAGGUUGCGCGGAGACUUGCUGCGAAGAAGGGCUCUGAUCGUAGUGUUCCGAUGUUGACUGACAACAACAGAGAAGAAGUGGAGGAAGCAGUGGAGAAGGUCGACGAGGUCUCGCUGUGGAUGAACCAGGCUGCAGCUUGUUUGGAGGAUGAGGAUGAGUGA